AAACCCCAAUUCCCCAUGGCCGGCUACCCCCCACCCCCCGGCUCCGGCUACCCCUACGGAGCCGCCGGCGGCUACGGUGCCCCAGCGCCCUACGGCCAGAAGCCCCCCAAGGAAGGAAAGACCUCCGCUUCCGACCCCUACCACGGCGGUCCACCCCCGCAGCAGCAGCCUUACGGCGGUUACGGCGGCGGCGGCUACGGAGCCCCAGCGCCGCCCUACGGCCAGAAGCCCCCCAAGGAAGGCAAGGCCUCGUCCGGCUCCGACCCCUACCACGGCGGCCCGCCCCCGCAGCAGCAGCCUUACGGCGGCUACGGAGCCCCGCCCGCCGGGCAGCAGCAGCCCUACGGCGCCCCUCCGCCCUCGUCGUACGGCGGCGGCGGCGGCUACGGGAGCCCGUUCGCGGCGCUCGUGCCGUCCGCGUUCCCGCCCGGGACCGACCCCAACAUCGUCGCCUGCUUCCAGGCGGCGGACCGCGACGGCAGCGGCAUGAUCGACGACAAGGAGCUGCAGUCCGCGCUCUCCGGCUACAGCGGAUUCAGCCUCCGCACCGUCCACCUACUCAUGUAUCUCUUCACCAACACUAACGUCCGCAAGAUCGGGCCCAAGGAGUUCACUUCUGUGUUUUACAGUCUUCAGAACUGGAGGGGUAUAUUUGACAGGUUUGACCGUGACCGAAGUGGAAAAAUUGAUGCACCAGAGCUGCGUGAUGCUCUUCUCGAUCUGGGAUAUUCAGUUUCCCCAACUGUGCUAGAUUUGCUUGUAUCUAAAUUUGACAAGACUGGGGGCAAGAACAAAGCUGUCGAAUAUGACAACUUCAUUGAAUGCUGCCUCACAGUGAAGGGUCUGACCGAGAAAUUCAAGGAGAAGGACAUGGCGUACUCGGGGUCUGCAACUUUCGGUUACGAGGCGUUCAUGCUCACCGUGCUCCCUUUCCUCAUCGCAUGAUUCACCUGUGGUGGUUCAGGGCUGAGCUUAAUAAGGCUGGCGAGUUACUGUAUUGUAAUGGUUAUACCUGUUGCUAUAGCUGUUAUUG